UGAUUGCUCCCGUUUCUCACCUCCCCCGGUCCUCACCUCCCCGUCCCUCCGGGGCUCUUCCCGCAGGGCGGCGGGUGCCAUGAAUAGCAGCUGCGCGUCCCCCGCCGCCGCCCGCCGCCGCCUGCAGCGCCGGGAUCGAUAGAGGCGGGGGCUGCGGACGCACUAUGGCCGGCACCGGCUACACGGACCUGCGGGAGAAGCUCAAGUCCAUGAUGCCCUACCGGGACGGCCACAAAGGGAGCGGUGGAGGCGGCGGAGGAGGAGGAGGUCUCGCACGGGAACCCCCCGACCCCCCCCUUUACGAUCGCAAGCGGCGGCACCAGGAGGAUUCCGGCUCCGAGCCCAGCGACUACGAGGAGCAGAAGGAGGAAGAAGAAGCUCGGAAAGUGAAGAGCGGCAUCCGCCAGCUUCGCCUCUUCAGCGCCGAGGAGUGCGCCAAGAUCGAGGCUCGCAUCGAGGACGUGGUGUCCCGGGCGGAGAAGGGGCUCUAUAAGGAGCACACGGUGGAUCGGGCCCCGCUGCGGAACAAGUAUUUCUUCGGGGAGGGUUAUACCUAUGGGUCUCAGCUGCAGAGACGAGGCCCCGGGCAGGAGCGCCUGUAUCCGAGGGGAGAGGUGGAUGCUAUCCCCGAGUGGGUGCACGACCUGGUGAUCAGGAAGCUGGUGGAGCACCGGGUGAUUCCCGAGGGCUUUGUGAACAGUGCUGUCAUCAACGACUACCAGCCGGGGGGAUGCAUUGUCUCCCACGUGGACCCCAUCCAUAUCUUUGAGAGGCCCAUCGUCUCCGUCUCCUUCUUCAGCGACUCGGCGCUUUGCUUCGGGUGUAAAUUCCAGUUCAAACCCAUCAGGGUCUCGGAGCCCGUUCUCUUCCUGCCCGUCAAGAGGGGAAGCGUCACGGUGCUCAGUGGCUAUGCAGCUGAUGAAAUCACACACUGUAUUCGACCACAGGACAUCAAGGAGAGAAGAGCCGUCAUCAUCCUUCGAAAAACAAGACUAGAUGCACCUCGACUGGAAACAAAAUCCCUGAGUAGCUCUGUGUUGCCACCGGGUUAUAACUCAGGAAGCAACCGGGACCACAUCCUGAAACCAAAGCGGUCCCAUCGCAAAGCAGAUCCUGAUGCUGCUCACAGGCCACGGAUUCUAGAAAUGGAUAAAGAGGAGAACAGGCGCUCGGUCCUCUUACCAAAACAUAGGAGAAGGAGCAACUUCAGCUCCGAGAACUAUUGGCGAAGGUCUUACGAGUACACUGAGGACUGUGACGAGGAAGAGGAGGAUGGAAGCCCAGCCAGGAAAGUUAAGAUGAGGCGACACUGAGGAUUGCACUUUCCAGGCUCGUAGUGGAGCCCAUUGGCCUCCAGUCUGUGAAAACUCUCUCUUCCCUCUGGCUAUCUUCCAUCUAGCUUCAGUUUUGGUUUUUCCUUUCAGGCUGAAGAGUAAACAGGAAGGAUCCUAGCGAUUUGCUUUGAUGAAUGGAGGAAUGCUGAGACAUACAGCAGGAUGGGAACAUGUCCAGUGCACACAGUGCCCUGAGUCAUGGGGUCAAACGGGCAUCUCUUCCCUUAGGAAACAGAUAAAGUGAUGGCAGGCUGUCUGUUGGGAUUGCUUUUGAAAACACCAAAAAAGUUUCCCCGUUUCGUUGUGCAGGAUUCAGGAAUUGUAUUUUUGGGGUGGUGGGGGGGUGGUGUUUCUUUUCUUUGCUUUAACUUUCCUCCUUUCCACAUGGUUUAAAUGUAACGUUCGACCCCAGGAGCUGAAACUGGCUGCGGUGGCCUCGGAUGUGCUUCACCAAAGGGCUCCUUUGGUCUGCUCUGACCUCGUUGUUGCUGGGUUUGGUUUAAGGAUGCCCUGCAGUAACUGGAAGUUUGAAGCUUUGCAGACCCCUCUUAACUGCGGUUGAUUUCAAAGGGUUUAGGACUUUUUUUUUGUUGCACUUUAGUACCAGUUUUAACAUAGAUUCCCUUUCCAGUCCCUUUCCCCAAGCCAGCGUGGGCUCGCACAGUUCCCUGUGCUGCCCUCUCCGAGAGGAAUGUACUUGAGCUCUGGUUUCUCAGUGCUGGUCUGAUGAGGAGUGUGUUUUGCUUGAGGAAGAAGGAAACGUGGCUGGCUUCAGUGAGGCUGGCCCCAGGUCCGUAUUGGAGCCCUGGGACUGCUGAGGGAGUGAUCACAUUGAGUACAUGCUGCUUCCCAGAGCUGGGGAUAGCAAAGAGGAAUAGGAGAGUUGCUGUGCUUGUGAAGGACGUUUGCCUUGGGACCCCCUGAGAAGCGCUGUUCUCCAUGCCUGGGGCACUGGUUUUCAUCCCCCUGCCCCUUUAGGUGGAGAGGGUUGAGGUGAUGCAGCAUCCCAUCCCAAGGGAUGCGCUCUGAUGGAGCAGGAACAGGCACUGCCAUGGCCUUGGGCAUCUCUGCUGCAGAGUGUCCCCUCCAAGGCUGGCUCUGGGAGCGGGGACACUGCAAGGGUCUAAGCUUGGCCUCAGUUCAGUGCAUUCAGCAGUGGUUGCCCACCUCCUCCUGGCUUUAUCCCUGCCUGUAUUCCUGGGGCAGGGAGUUUUCUGCUUGCUACAGGGAAGCCCCAGGCAUUGGGCCCCAUGGCGUUAGCGUUAGAUUGCUGCCUUCUUCCUCUCCCUCCCAGCUUGCGUUAGCCCAGACCAAAGCCUCAGUGUGUUCCCAAAGCUUCGGGGCCCAACAGCAUCUUUAGCACCCUACUUUUUAAGAGGCUUCCUCCGGUUGAUCCCUUGAACCCGAGCGUUGGCAGUUGUAAGGAGUAGUCUUCUUUCUAAACCCCCGCUGCUUUGCCCUCCUCCCAGGUGUAGUUUCUCUUCGUGUCGUGUCCCUCUCACACCUCAUGGCCCGCACGCUUGGCAAUAAAAAGAUGUAAUCUGUUUUGAAA